AUGUUUACCUUCACUGUAGACGGACAGACGUUUUUUAAUCCAGUCGUUCACAGAGACCUCACUGGUACCAAUGUCCUCAUCAGUAGUGAUGGAACUGCAUAUCUUGCAGAUUUUGGCCUUUCGGGAACCUUAACAAAAUCGCCUGGCAUGACGUAUCUCGCGAAGAUGAGCUGUCAUCCAGGAGCAAUGUGGUGGACAGCUCCUGAGCUUCUUUCUGGGGAAGACUCAGCUUCUGCGAUCACCACUCAGAGUGACAUGUACUCCUUUGGUAGCAUCAUGCUUCAAGUUUUGACUGGAAGUGUCCCUUGGCGACACUUGACGAAUGACACCGCGAUCUUGCUAAAAGUGAUUGAAGGAGAAAUACAUCCCCGUCCAGACAAUUGUUGUGUCACCGACCAGUGCUGGAACUUAAUGACUCGUUGCUGGUCUAAGUCACCCAUCGAUCGGCCUUCUGCUGAAGAAGUACUUCAAUUUGUUAACAGCGAGCUCGCUUUGUACAUUUGUGGUGAUGCGAAUGGUGGCAGACUGCACCCUGCCUUGGUUCCCGUUCCUAAAAAUGCGCCUCCACUUGUUGGUCCGUCCCCUUCAUUACCAACGCACCAUGCAGAGAGCGAGAAUUAUAGCAUCAUAUCCUCUGGACACCUCUUACCCACCCCCGAUACCAUGAUACACAGUACCCCAACAUCGUCUAUAUCCAGUGACAAGAAAUGCCCAAAUAUAGCACCCCUGCAUGUCUCAUCACCAUAUCGCCAUCCCAACCUUCACACCCCCGUUGUAUUUUCGGCCAUGUGCCAGUGGGAUGCUCAUUCCACUGAGCCUCAUGGAGGUGCUUUGCACCCGUCUCCUUCGCAGAGCAGUCCUCUUCCAAAUGGCAAUUAUGAACCAUCACAAAAUAAUACAGGCGCUACGCGAUACUGCAGGUCUCCAGAAGGAUAUUCAGCCCUUUUCACCACCCCACCUACCACUUUAUUCCCUCCUUCUGAACUACCAUUCUUGGGGCUUGAUUGCAUUUGCAACUAUGGUUCUUCAGUCGGCAUCGACCCAAAUUCUGUCUGGCAGACUUUUGACGCUGGUGCAUUUGGGUUCGACCCUGAAUUACCCUUUACCCUUGGUGAUGCUUCAUCAGAGAUCCUUGCUACCGCCUUAGAGCCUUUACAGGACACUUGCUAAUUGUGUUUUCUUAGUCAAAAUUUUACUUUUACCUCCUUUCCAUCUAUCGUAAAUGAUACGCAGUUCGGUGGUUGACUAUAUGCGGUGACUAUAUCACGAGACUGUGAUGGGCUAAGUUAGUGAUCGGAGUCUUCUUUUCUCCUACAUGCCCUCGUUGAUCUAGGAACAACAUCAUAUGUUCACCACAUAUCAAUCAUGAUGAUGAUGUGAACAUAGCACUAAGUACCGGCACUAGUUCCCCACAGUUGCACCAAGUGCCAAGUUGAAACCAUCUAAAUGGUUUCGCAAUCAACCAAGUCCGAACCGAAUACCAGACAAAG